AUCCUCCUCAUACCGCACUAUUACCAUGUAUCCGAAGAUGGAGCAGCAGGGGAGGAAAGCCCCCACAGGUGUUUGAGCAAGAUAACAUUCGGUUAAUUUUUUAUCUUUGGAACGCUGCUACAUUUAUAAAAAAUGACUACAUACGGGCUAGGCUUACACAGCAUAGGGCUAAACAUGUUGUUUUGCUUUCUCUUACGUCAUGCCGAUUUGUACAAUUUAGACAUACCGCAUGCUAUUCCACUCAGUGGUCCGAACGGAACAUUUUUUGGAUAUUCUGUGUUGCUGCACAAGCAUCAGCAACAGACAUGGGUAAUAGUUGGCGCACCAGUUGCAAAUUCAAGGUUCAACCAGGCUGUCAGGAAUCCUGGAGCAAUCUACAAGUGCAAAAUUACAGACAAGAAGGACUGUGAACAGAUUCAACUCGGUGUAAUGCUUGACAUGCCCUGUGGCAGACACUGUUCUGCUGAGGUUGAAAACCAGUGGCUUGGUGUGAGCCUCUCCAGGCGGCAGCAGGAUGGACUUGUGUUGGCCUGUGGACAUCGUUGGAAAAAUGUCUACUUCACCAAAAAAGAAGAUCUAAAUAAAUUGCCACAUGGCGUAUGCUACAAAUUGGAGUCUGACUUGAAUCAAUCAAGUCCUUUGAUUCCAUGCUACAGAGAUCACGAAAAUAAGUUUGACAGUGACUUUGCAUCAUGUCAAGCAGGGAUUUCAAAUGUCCUUAUUGGGGACCUCAUAGUAAUGGGAGCCCCUGGAACCUUGUUUUGGACUGGGUCUGUUUUUGUCCACAACAUAUCCAGUCAGGUCACUUCUGCCUACUUGGAUGAUAACGUUGUCCUCUAUGGAAGUUAUUUGGGGUACUCAGUCGGCGCUGGCCACUUCCUGCACCCAAACUCCACUGAGGUAGUGGGUGGAGCCCCCCAGUACGGGCAGACUGGAAGAGCCUACAUCUUUAGCAUAGAGUCCAGCACACUGAGCAUCAUCUCUGAGGUUAAAGGUCAAAAGCUGGGUUCCUAUUUUGGGGCCACUGUGUGUGCGGUGGACCUGAACACUGAUGGCCUGUCUGACCUGCUGGUGGGAGCUCCAAUGUUCAGCACUGUGAGGGAGGAGGGCCGUGUGUACAUCUACAUGAACCAGGGACAGGCUAACAUGACGGAGAUGGAGUUUACAUUAGCAGGGAGAGAUUCAUAUGCAGCCCGGUUUGGGGAAAGUAUCACAAGUCUUGGAGAUAUUGAUGAUGAUGGCUAUCCAGAUGUUGCAGUUGGGGCACCACAAGAGGAUGACCUACAUGGUGCUAUUUAUAUCUACAAUGGGAGGAAGACGGGACUUGGACAAUACUUUUCUCAAAGGAUUGCUGGGUCUGCCUUGGGUAGUGCUUUCAAGAUGUUUGGCCAGUCUGUGUCUGGGGGCAUUGAUGUUGAUGGAAACGGUUACCCAGAUGUGGCCGUGGGAGCCUUUCUGUCCGACUCUGCUGUUGUUCUGAGGACACGGGCGGUUGUUAUGGUGGAGGCGAUGAUACUUCUUCCUCCUAGUGUGAACCGCACCCAUGCCCUGUGUACAGAGAACGGCCAGCCUGCCGUUUGCCUCAAAACCUCUGUGUGCUUCCAGUUGCACGCAAAACGUGUCUCUGGGCUCAUCGAAAUACUGUACAACCUGACGGCUGAUGUCAAGCACAUAGAGGGGCUCCAGUCCAGAUUCUUCUUCAACACCAACGGCACAGAGUUAUCAAAUGCCACAGCAGGCAGCAUCAAGACCAGGCAUGGCCACAUGACCUGUGUUACCCACCUGGCCUUUCUGAGGAGAGACAUUCGGGACAUCUUCACCCCCAUCCACUUUGAGCUGCAGUAUGAGCUGGGAGAGCACAAUGUGGUGAGGGGUAACUCCAAGAGCUUUCCCCCACUCAGGCCUAUGCUCCAGAGGGGAGAGGAGUACAGCAACUUGCUGACCAACAAGACUGUAUUCACCAGGUACUGUGCCUGGGCCAACUGUUCCACCAAUCUGCAAGUGUCUGCACAGCUGCUGUUACCGAGGACACAUAGAGACAUGCCAUACGUUGCCCUGGGGGAGGGGAAGACCAUUCUACUGAAUGUUACGCUGUCCAAUGCUGGCGACGCUGCCUUCCUCCCCAUGCUUCACCUGAGAUACCCCAGCAAUCUCUACUUCAUCAAAGUGUUGGACGCUGAGGAGAAAUACGUGAGCUGUAAAAUUGCUGAGGAAGAGAAGACAAGUGUCGGGCUAGAUUGCAGCGUGGGAAAUUUGUAUUUCAACACCUUAGCUGAAGUUAAUAUCAGCUUUCUGCUGGAUGUCAGUGCUGACAGUGAACCUGGUGACCUGAACAUUAUAAUCAAUGCAACCCGGGAGAAUUUAGAAAAUGAAGAUCUUCUCCAUGACAAUAUUGUUAAUCUGACUCUGCUAUUGAGAUAUGGAGUGAAUCUAAACAUCCACGGUUUUGUAUCCCGAACAGAGUUUGUGUUUGGGGACUUUGAGGAGCCACACUGCUCCGCUGAGAGGUUCAAAUACACUUUCAAGGUUGUCAAUGUUGGUCCAAGCAUAUCUCACGGCACAAGAGUGGAAAUUGAUAUCCCCAAAGCUUUAGCACCGUAUCCAUACAGACUGCUCAACAUUUUGGACAUACAGUCAUCUUCUGGGUGGUGUUACAUUCGAAACUCCACUGAUGGGACCAGCAGUACCAAUGGCACCAUGUAUGGAAGCCAGAGAGCCAGUACCAUUGACAGUGUUUGGUUAAAUGUGACAACUACCACUGACAGCUAUUGGACGAAUAGGUCCAGCACCACACACCCUUAUUGGACUAAUAUUUCCAGUACCACUGACACCAAUUGGACUAGUAUAUCCUAUUGGGCCAAUGUGAGAAACUGGACCACUGUUAUUGAGGAUGAGUGUGAUCUGCCUGACUCCAAUCCCUUGAAUGAUUUCUUCUUCUUCUUCUCGAAAAGCAGUAGAAGACAUAUGUAUUGUAUGAAAGAGGAUGCUCUGUGUCUGUACGCGGUGUGUGACCUUGGAGACAUGGACAUUGGGAAAGAUGUCACCAUUGAAAUGGAGGUCGAAAUGAAUUCGGGAGUUUUAGACAUCUCACCGGGAAGACAUAGUGUCAUGCUGUUAGAGACCACUGCUGUCAUAUCACCCAAGAAGGACCCAUUUAUUUGGUUCUUAAAAGAAGACCCCAUCACAGUGGUUGUCCUGGAGGCCCAUCAUAGCCACAAACUGAAACGAGUCAUUGAGCUGUCCAUCAUCGUGGCCAGUCUCUUACUAGGCCUCUUCAUCCUUGCCUUGCUGGUCAUCUGCAUGUGGAAGAGUGGCUUCUUUAAGCGUGAGGACAAGAUGGAGAAUAUACAAAGGCUCAGCUGGGACUACUGAGGAUGGACAUUGAUUCAUAUCAAAUAUAUGACACAAUAUCAUAGUUAAAGGGGAAAUUCAGUACAACAUAAUGUUAGAUGGUUUCUCAACCUGAAAGUAGUCUAAUCAUCUAAAAUGAAUAUUUUUUUCUGACACCCUGCAGUCACAUUUUGGCACCAGUAGACUAACUAGCUAGCUAGCUAGCUAGCUAUGUAAACCACACCCUUCUGCGAACACACCUUCUGCAAUGAUGGCUACAAGUACAUAUUUAAAUUAGGUAAGAGUAUAAGAUAUUACCAUUGGUGUAUAAAAAUGACCGGCUUUAUGCGGUGUCACACAAAGCCUUAGCUUUUGGAUGAAGCCAGUAACCUUAUGGUCAAACGUUAUUGAUGUACCAGCAACAGUAAUUUUUCAGUCUUUAGUCAUCGUACUAUGAUCUGGUUUCAUCCAAAUAUCAUCCAAUCUGAUGAAAAACAUGAUUUUGACUGUUUGUGACCUUUAAGUUUUAAAAUAUUGAACUUCCCCUUUAAUCAGUGACUGAGGAUUGAUUGACCCACUGUACAGUGUCUCGCAAAAGUAUUCACCCCCCCCCCCCCCCGUUGUUACUAUUUUGUCCCAUUACAUCCUGUAAUUUCAAUUGAUUUUUAUUUGGAUUUCAUGUAAUGGACAUACACAAAGUAGUCCAAAUUGGUGAAGUGACAUUUUUUAAAUUACUUGUUGAAAAAAAAACAUGUAUUUUUUUUAAAUGGAAAAGUGGUGCGUGCAUACAGUGGGGAGAACAAGUAUUUGAUACACUACCGAUUUUGCAGGUUUGCCUACUUACAAAGCAUGUAGAGGUCUGCAAUUUUUUAUCAUAGGUACACUUCAACUGUGAGAGACGGAAUCUAAAACAAAAAUCCAGAAUAUCACAUUGUAUGAUUAAGUAAUUAAUUAGCAUUUUAUUGCAUGACGUAAGUAUUUGAUACAUCAGAAAAGCAGGACUUAAUAUUUGGUACAGAAACCUUUGUUUGCAAUUACAGAGAUCAUACAUUUCCUGUAGUACUUGACCAGGUUUGCACACACUGCAGCAGGGAUUUUGGCCCACUCCUCCAUGCAGACCUUCUCCAGAUCCUUCAGGUUUCGGGGCUGUCGCUGGGCAAUAUGGACUUUCAGCUCCCUCCAAAGAUGUUCUAUUGGGUUCAGGUCUGGAGACUGGCUAGGCCACUCCAGGACCUUGAGAUGCUUCUUACGGAGCAGUUGAAGUGUACCUAUGAUAAAAAAUUACAGACCUCUACAUGCUUUGUAAGUAGGAAAAUCUGCAAAAUCAGCAGUGUAUCAAAUACUUGUUUUCCCCACUGUAUGUAUUCACCCACUUUGUUAUGAAGCCCCUAAAUAAGAUCUGGUGCAACCAAUUACCUUCAGAAGUCACAUAAUUAGUUAAAAAAGUCCACCUGUGUGCAAUCUAAGUGUCACAUGAUCUCAGUACAUACACACCUGUUCUGAAAGGCCCCAGAGUCUGCAACACCACUAAGCAAGGGGCACCACCAAGCAAGCUGCACUAUGAAUACCAAGGAGCUCGCCAAACAGGUCAGGGACACAUUUGUGGAGAAGUACAGAUCAGGGUUGGGUUAUAAAAAAAAUCGGAAUCUUUGAACAUCCCACGGAGCACCAUUAACUUUGUCGGGAUCAGUGUCCCUUCCACGGGACGGUUGAGCUAACGUAGGCUAAUGCGAUAAGCAUGAGGUUGUAAGUAACACAAACAUUUCCCAGGUCAUAAACAUAUCUGAUAUUGGCAGAAAGCUUAGAUUCUUGUUAAUCUAGCUGCACUGUCCAAUUUACAGUAGCUAUUACAGUGAAAGAAUACCGUGCUAUUGUUUGAGGAGAGUGCACAAUUUUGAACAUGAGGUUAUAAAUAAAUUAGGUACAUUUGGGCAGUCUUGACACACAAUUUUGAACAGAAAUACAAUGGUUCAUUUGACCAGUCUAAAACUUUGCACAUUCACUGCUGCCAUCUAGUGGCCAUAAUCUAAUUUGCACCUGGGCUGGAAUGAUACAUUAUGGCAUUUCUCUGUAUAUUUUCCUACAUUCCUUUCACAUUUCCACAAACUUCAAAGUGUUUCCUUUGAAAUGGUACCAUGAAUAUGGGAUGUGAAUAGUUAUGCACGCUCAAGUUUUCAGUUUUUUUGUCUUAUUUCUUGUUUGUUUAAAAAUAAACAAACAUUUUGCAUCUUCAAAGUGGUAGGCAUGUUGUGUAAAUCAAAUUAUACAAAUCCCCGAAAAAUCGAUUUUAAUUCCAGGGUGUAAGGCAACAGAAUAGGAAAAAUGCUAAGUGGGGUGAAUACUUUCACAAGCCACUGUAUUGGGGGUGGCAGGUAGCCUAGUGGUUAGAGCGGUGCGCAAGUAACUGAAAGGUUGCAGGAUUGAAUCCCCAAACCUACAAGGUAAAAAUCUGCCAUUAACCCACUGUUCCCUGGUAGGCCGUCACUGUAAAUGAGAAUGUGUUCUUAGCUGACUUGCCUAGUUAAAUAUUUAAAUAAUAAUGAAGUCGUAGGAGAAAAACUGGCAAAUAGACACACUUAAAAUAUUAUUUUUUUAUGUGGAUUUAUAGGAAUUCAGAGGGAAAUUACAAAAUGCACUUUAUAGUUGACAAGAGACAUCUUGAGAUUAACCUACAUGAACAAAAGCAAAUACAAUUUGAUAUAGAAACUAGAAAAAUGCUCAGCUUUUGAAAGGCAAUUACGUUUUCUAUGCAACUGAAGUUUUUGAAAUGUCUCAAAUGUUAUUCUAAAUUUCAAUAGACUACAUGCCAUCUAAAUUGCAGUAUUGUUUUUGUAAAAAAAUACUGUACAGGGAGACAAGGUGUUGUCAUUUUGUAGGCCGAGUCUGACUGCCUGGUUCUAAUCAAAUUUCACCCAUGUUUUCACAGUGAUUAUUUUAGAUAGCUACAAUAAGGUCUGUGUAGCAUGUAGGUGUACUGACUAGCUAUUGUUCUGAGAAGGUGAUAUCAAUCAAUGUUUGACUAAAAAGAAAGACUAAAAACCUCUUAAAGAUAUUAAUUUGGUUUAAAAAACGUAUUGUAAUUAGUUGGCCUAAGUCUUACACAGACCUUUUUAUCGCUAUAAAAAAUCUAUCUUGUGGGAAAAUGGAUGGGGGCAAAUGGCAGCAAACCACUUCUUUGCUUUGUGUACUACAAAAUGACACCGGCACACCUCAGCACUCUAUUGCACUGAAAUGUGGUUUGUUUUAUUUUCUUAACUUUUAAAAAGACAGGUUGACACCCUCAGUUAUUUUGGAAAUGCACAACCUCUGUUUGUCACUUCCACUAAAUGGUACUUGUCUUUAGGAUGUUACCAAUCACCUGAAGUUGAACCGAUUUCAAGUAAGGAAAGUGCUUAUUCUAGAAACCACUGGUUUGAAUGCAUUUGCAACUCUUCAAGGCGCCAUAUGUUGGCAUUGGUUAACACCAUACAUGCCUCACCAGUACCAUACUUGACCCAAAAUUAACCCACAUACUACAGGUGUCAUCUGUACUAUAAUCAUCAUUUCAUUUAAGAAACAUUUUCAUUGCCAUCCAUUAUGAAUGUUGAUCAUUAAAUAUCUUCUUACUGAAAUGUCCAAGCAGUGUGUUUGUAUUUCCAAAGUCUGAUUGUCACACCCUGACCUUAGAGAUCCUGUUUAUGUCUUUAUUUUGGUUUGGUCAGGGUGUGAGUUGGGGUGGGUAUUCUAUUAUUUGUAUUUCUAUGUUUUGGCCAGGUAGGGUUCUCAAUCAGGGACAGCUGUCUAGCGUUGUCUCUGAUUGAGAACCAUACUUAGGUAGCCCUUUUUUCCACCUGUCUUUUUUGGGAAGUUGACUUUUGUUUAGCCUUAGCCUUUAGCUUCAUGUUUUUUUUGUGUGGUGUUUGUUGUUUUUGUUCUUGUUCUGCGUCUUUUUUCCAAAUAAAGAGAAAAUGUAUGCACACCA